UUACAUCUGCCAGCUAUGCCGCGCAUAGUACAAUGACGCGCGCUGAGAUGUCGAAGCGGCUUAAUUGCUAUUUAUGUCGAUUCUCACACGUUAAUUAUUUUCCUCCCGGUUUAAGUUCACACCAAUCCAAGAGUUGAAGCGGAGUGUACGGUACUAGGGGAGGCGCAUGUCCGUCCAGGGGAGGCGCGCUUCCUGCUACGACUGGUGCAGCGACUUCACGUGCGCGCACGCCAUCUUCGCCAGCGGGUUCGUCACCGCGCCGGUCGCCAUCGUGCACUUCGUCAAGCGGCCCUACUCCGGCGCCACCAUCUUGUUCGCAGCGUUCGCCGCGUUCUGCACCGCCGUCAGCCUCAUCCUCUGCUGCAAGUUCUACGCCGAGCUCAAGCGGCCGCCCUGGCCCCGGUGGCUGUCGUCGGCGUCCGCCGAAGCGCGCCAUCUUGAACAGCAGGACGGCCGAGAGACGGAGGUGUCGUCGCACGAGCUGCAGCUUCGCCACCCUGAGCAGGCCGUGAUGGGGCGCGAGCGCGACGACCUGCGAACCGCUCUCGUCCCGAGCUACGAGCACCCGGGGGGCGCCGCCGAGUGCGCGGUGUGCCUCGGCGAAGUGGAGAAGGGGGAGGCGGUGCGGCGGAUGCCGGUGUGCUUGCACGUGUUCCACACCGAGUGCAUCGACCGGUGGCUGCGCUCGCACGCUACGUGCCCUAUUUGCCGGUGCAGCGUGUUCACCCCGCUGGAACGGCCACCGGAAGUAGUGUUGAACGUCGAGUUGUGAAUUGUGAUGCGAAUCUUUUUUUGAAAGAUCCAGCUUAGCUGGCAUUGAUUGAUU